AUUGCAGCUUUCAGUGACCUUGCUAGCUUAACUGUAGUAUGUUGCCCGUGUGAAGUUCUUAUGUAGGUGUUCACACUUAGUUCCUUGUUAAUUUUACUCUGUGAAGGAAAAACAAUUGACAAAACUUUCGGACAGAGAAGCAGCAGACACACCGGAAGGACAUAUCGUUCAACUGACCUUAACACGUCGACUGUUGUUAUGGUGCUUUGUUUCCUAAAUGUGUUUUGGGGAUAACAAAUGGUCGAUUGAUUUUUUUUUUUUUUGUCAGCGGUCUCUUGUUAGAGGACUACAGGGAAGCUGUGGCCACCAGCUAAAUGCGGGAUUUAUACCUCCAUGACUGACUAACUGGACUUCACCAUGCCGAGCAGAGCGAGCUCCCCGCCGCUGGCAGCGCCUCUGCUGGCGGCGCUGUGGCUCGCCUUGGGUCGGUGCGGUGCCUCCGAGUCUCCGGGGCCAGAAUGUGACAACGGAAAGCUUCAUUUGGACAGAGACCUGCCUUCAGAUGCUGUUUAUUGGGGAUGUCCAAUCGCUACUCAGCCAGUGUUUACUCAGGGACUUCCGAGUAUUGACACCGUGUAUGACCCCGAGACAGCCAGGCAAGUAUGCAUGGAUUACCCAAUCCCCUACAACCACACCAUUCCUAACAGUGGAGCAUUCAGGCCAGUAAUGACAGAGAGUGGAGAGUAUUUGUAUUGCCCUCCUCAGCGGUGGCUCAAUAAUUUGCACCAUGGCGCCUCUGUUUUGCUCUACCAUCCCUGUGCGGCGCUCCGUGAGCGUCUCCUCCUUUCUGGAUUGGCUCGCUCCUGUCUGCCGGGCCACAUCAUCACUCCACACCCACAACUCAGCAGAGACAUGCCAAUAGCCUUGGUGUCCUGGGGUCGUACUUUGGAACUGACCACUUUGGCCUCUUCAGACGUCUGUGAUUGGCUGCAGAUGACACAAGCCACUAGAAAUAAGGAUGAUGGCACGACUCAAACUAGGAAGUACAACCUCCUGUUGACACAGUCAGCAGACCUGCAGCAUCUGGGACCAAAGGCAGAAACAAAGAAUUCUGUGAGGCAAUGCUGUAAACAGACCAUUUCUUCUUUGCUGAGAGGAACCACUAGGGCAGUACCUAGUAUGAAGAAGGAUUACUGGAAACCAAUGAAAGAGGGAAGGAGAAAUAGGGAAAUACGAGCUGCAAAUGGAGCCAAACGGUACAUUAGUAAGAGAGCUGAUAAAAUGACAAAUGACUCCAGCCAGAUCAAUGAAAGUAUUCCCCAAAGAAAAGAGGAUGCCCAUCUCUUGGAUCCUUCUUUUCCAAGGCAGACUCCUCAGUUUGAGAUCCAGAAGCAACAUCAGGAUAUUACAUCACUGCCCACCGCUCAUUUGGUCUUACACAACGCUGAGAGUUUGCUUCAGAUCAAUUCAUCUCAGGCAGAAGGUGCAGAUUCCGUCACAGAAGGCGUGAAAGAGAGAAACUCUGGUAAGAGUCUCGUGGUUCAGGGCAGGAUGAAGGACAAUGAGGUGGUAGAUGUUGAAGAAAGGGGAGUAGAGCGUAAUGAAAAGCACAAUGAUCAGCCCUUUAAGUUCAAUUCCACUUCCAAAUUCCCUUUGGAGCAUCAGCAGCAGAAAUCCCAGUUGGAAAUCGACAGGCAGUCCAGCAGCAACGACUGUUCUGACUGCAAAGUAGGCGAACUCUGUGACUGCCCUGAAACCUCAGGAGCAGAGAGCCGCAUCGCUACACUCAACUUUGGGUUGCAAAGGACCCCCAUGACCGAUGAAGCAGUAUGGGCUGCAGCAGCACUGGGCUUCCUCCUGGUGCUCCUCACACUGUCCAUUCUUCACACUCGCCUGUACCACCACUGGAGGACCACACCCAGCCUGUACUGGCACGACCCGCGUCAGGACUACGACAGCGUUGCGGAUGUUAUACGCAGGAGGCUGAAAAUUGCAAAGAGGAGGCGGAAAAGAAGCCGAAGGAAGGAGUGUGUUCUACUGCCGAGCUCCUCCAGCUCAGAUGAAAAUCCAUAGAACGAGACAGAAAACAUCUCAAAAAAAGACCUCCAGGUGUUUGCAAUUAGAUGACGUGAAAACUGGACACAAACAAGCAGAAGAAUAUAAAAUUGGACCGCUCUCCUAAAGUAUGCCGAUACUCCAAUGUAGCUGGGCUGGGCUACAGGGCUGUACUAAAAAACAGGAUUGAUGCUGGAUAAAACUCUGGUAUUGGGCUAACAGAGAAGCAUUUUAAAUGUUAAAUUUAACCACAGUGUUUGAUCAUCUCAGAUGUUUCAUUGAAGGAGAAUGUAAAGGUGAAUAAUCUAGUUUAAAGACCAUCACUCUACUGACAGACCAAAGUAAGUUGUUUUUAGUGGGGGGUCCUUUAGUUAUUUUUUUUUUUACAUGUGGUUUAGCUAAUUAUUUUGCUUUGACCUGUAAAUGUACAUUGCUGCUGUGAGCAACUCUUCCGCAGUGUGUUUUAAUGUUUAUACCUGCAUUGUUUUAGACAGGACUCUACAUCGACUUACACACACAUACAGAACAUUCAAAAAGAGACACAAUACAAAAAAAUACACCACGAUGAACAUAGAACACACACAUUGUAAAAAAUAAAAUCAUUAACAGGU